GAGAGGCGACACACACAUUCGUCCAAUGACUCGUGGCCGUUCGUAGUAUUUCCUUUUAUUUAGGUGAGUUGCCGAUCAGCUAAAUCGUGAAGUGGGUUGAAAACAUUUGCAAAGUUUUAUUUCGUUCUUUUGGCUUACUAUAAUCAGUUGAUCGAAGAACAUGGCUUCUUUAAGGGAUCGAGCAUUUUGACAUUUAAAAACUCGAAAAAGUCCGAUGCAGCUUUCCUCCGUGUUUCAAGCUGUUGGCUGUCAACUUGUGCUGUAGCUGCAACAGCUUUCACCGAGUCUUUCUCUUCGUUUGCUCUGGAAAACAAAUACUGCGGGAUAGUGACAAAAUAACAACGCGUGGGCGUUUGCGCUUUUGAACCAUGACCACUGAAGUUGCGAGUGACUUGGAGGUGACAGUCAGUUGUUUGGGCGAAGGGAACCAAAACAAGUCGGACGCGGAUCGACCCAAGAAAACUGAUAGAGGUAGCCACGAGGAGGGGCAGCAGGAUCCUCCUCAGGUCGACUCUAAACAUCAAAAACAGGGGGACAUGGAAAGCAAAACGGAUGGUUUAAGCACGAACAGCACGAACGACAAGGAGAAUGAGCAGAAUGCAUCAAGCCACAAAGCAGAAACUGACAAGAAGAAAGUGGUCGAGGCUCCUCCGCCAACAGUGAACCCAUGGAUGAAGAGGAACGCAUGCCCUCCCAAUAAUCCCACCAACAGCUCGCCACAAACAGAACCCCAGAGUCCUGCCAAAGUUGUCCGUGCCAGCAAACCUAGAUCCAGGAAGACCAGUAAGUCAAGUGACUUCAGUGACAUCACAAACUGGCCUACCCCAGGAGAACUCGCCAAUAAGGAGCAGCAGCAGAAUGUGAUAAACACACAUGGGAGGAAAGGGACGUCAGGACGGAGGGAGAGGAAGAAGGAUCAUGGGGUAGAGAAGGAGAGUGGAAGUGAUGGGAGUGACAGUAAGGAGAACAGGGAAGCACAGUCAGAUCCGAUAACUGGACUUUCGAACGAGAAGGAGAUCGAGGAUGGAGAGGAAACACACAGCAGUGCCCCCCGCAGGAGAGGAGGCUGGAGAAGAGAGAGAGAUUUCUUUGAUGACACAGCAAGCGUUCGCAGUGAGGGCAGCAAUGUCCGUGGAGGCCUGAGGGGCAGGGGCAAAGGUCGCGGUCGGGGCAGAGGUCGUGGACGAGGUCGCUAUGAUUACUCCCACAGUUACCGUGACUCUUACCAGGAUAAGUCCACGGUUCCAGCCGAGUUCGGCACUAACAUGAUCUAUUACUACGACGACGGUAAUCGCGUGCAGAUGUAUACGAUUGAGGAGAAUUUGCUUAAAGAAUAUAUCAAACGCCAAAUUGAAUACUACUUCAGUCUCCCAAACCUGGAGCGUGACUUCUUCCUGCGGAGAAAGAUGGAUACAAAAGGCUUUCUGCCCAUCUCUCUGAUCGCCAGUUUCCACAGAGUCCAGGCCCUCACCACCGAUAUCAACCUCAUAAAAGAGGCGGUGAAGAACAGUGAUGUUGUGGAGCUGGUUGAUGAGAAGAUCCGUAGGAAAGAAGAGCCGGAGCAUUGGCCCAUCCCGGGUCCUCCUCUAGACUCCCCGCGCACAGAUUUCUCCCAGCUCAUUCACUGCCCUGAGUUUGUCCCAGGACAGACAUUCACCUCCCUCAGCACAGUAUCGUCCUCCCCAGUCAGUCAGCACAUGGAUGAACCCACGCUCGUGAAUGGCCAAACUAGUGAUGAUACCGACACAGACAAACCUCAGUCCAAAGAAUCUUUUCCUUCCGACUCAAAAAGCAGCUCUAGUGAGGAUGGAAAUACCCCAAAAGAGCGGUCCAGCAAUCUCUCUGAUCCAGAUGUCCAGCCGUGGAUACAGGUGGAAAAACGACACAGAAACUCCUCUGGAAAAAAUAAGGAGAACACAGAAUUGGUUCAGUCCAGCCCAAAGCAGCCGCCUGAAGCAGUCCAGGAGGAACUGGACUUCCUGUUCGAUGAAGAAAUGGAACGGAUCGCAGCGCCUCGCAAGAACACCUUCACUGAUUGGUCAGAUGACGAUUCUGAUGAUGAACUUGAUGACCGAGACGUUAACAAGAUCCUGAUCGUUACUCAGACCCCCCCUCACCUGCGGAAACACCCUGGGGGCGAUCGGACAGGGAACCAUGUUUCACGUGCCAAAAUUACAACUGACCUCGCCAAAGCCAUUAACGAUGGACUGUUCUACUAUGAACAGGAUCUUUGGACAACGGAAGACGGACCACAAGAGUGUGCCAAUGUCAAGGAUAUGGAGAACUUUAAAAAACUCAACGUGAUAAGCCGAGACGAGUUUGAAACUCUUACCCCUAAACUUCCCAUUGACAGCAGCCAGGAGAUCCCACCCCCUCCACUAUGUCAAACAGAUGAUUUUAGCAUGGCUCAUUCUUUCCCCACGGAUGUCCCAGAAUCCCCCGGUUUGCCCCAUACCCCACGUACACCACGAACCCCUGGAAGACAGGACCCCACCAAAACUCCACGCUUCUACCCCGUCAUCAAAGAAGAUAGUGGCAACCUUGAUGAAAAAACUCCCAGAAAGAGGAAAACCCGUCACAGUUCAAACCCUCCACUGGAGUGCCAUGUAGGCUGGGUAAUGGACUCAAGAGAACACAGACCCCGCACUUCCUCUAUCAGCAGCUCUAAUGCUUCUCCGUCAGAAGGAGCCCCCGCUCUGUCAGGCAGUUACGGCUGCACCCCACAGUCCCUGCCCAAGUUCUGGCAUCCAUCCCAUGAGCUUUUAAAAGAAAAUGGCUUCACCCAGCAAGUUUACCACAAAUACCGCCGUCGAUGCCUCAACGAGAGGAAACGAUUAGGUGUGGGUCUGUCUCAGGAGAUGAACACCCUCUUCAGAUUCUGGUCCUUCUUCCUCAGAGACAACUUCAACAGAAAGAUGUACGAAGAGUUCAAGCAGUUUGCCUUAGAGGACGCCAAGGAGAACUACAGGUACGGCCUGGAGUGUCUCUUCCGGUUCUACAGCUAUGGACUUGAGCGGAGAUUCAGGCAAGACAUCUUCAAGGACUUCCAAGAGGAGACCAUGCAAGACUAUGAGAAAGGUCAGCUAUAUGGACUGGAGAAAUUCUGGGCUUUCCUGAAAUACGCAAAGGUGAAGAAUCAGCCCAUUGACCCCAAACUCCAGGAAUACCUCAGCAAAUUCAAGAGCAUUGACGAUUUCAGAGUUGAUCCACCAAUGGCAGAGGAAGGAGGAAGGAGGAAAGCACACUCGUCAUCCGCAGGAGACGAGGUGAAACGUAGACGACACAACUCGACAUCAUCAUCGAAACAGACCGCCGUCUCCAAGACAUCUUCAGACAAUCAGCUGACCACUGGAGGAAUGACAAAAACAGCCACGACUGAUCAGGCCGCCGCCCCAACGACAACGAAAACGACCAAUCAACCAUCAGCCAAGGCAGCCUCAGCCAAUCAGAAGAGCGGCAUGGCUAAUGACCCGUCUACAAAAGCCCCACCCAAAGAGAAUGUGAAGAAGAAUACCUCAUCGGAUGCUCGCAAAGGAGAGGCAGCGACCAGCAAAAACAAAGAAACCCUACAGCCAAAGAAAUGAGGCCCUCACUACACUAUAUACAGUAUUUGAGUGUGAUUCUAACUCUAGAGCUGUGAAAAGAUUUUCAGUGCUGAUGCAGGCUUUACGUUUUACACCGUAACCUCGGAAGUGAGCCAGUCAAACCGAAGACCAACUGUCAGAACGCUGCAUUCACAAACUGAACAGUAAACCAGAGAUGUCUUUGUGUUGUACAAGACACUUUUUCUGGACAGGUUAUCUUUCAGAAGAUCUUAUUGCUUUUUUUCCCCCCACAGUUAGUAGUUUCAGAAUCAAGUACGCAUGGUGAACUUUUUUUGCUGUAAAGUUUACAGAAUAUGCAUUCCUACAUCGAAUGCAGUUUUAUCUCUUUUAAAAUGUUAUUUUACCUUUGCAAAUGCCUUACAUUUCAAAAGCAACAAAAAAUAUAAUUAUUUUACAGCUCUGUCAGCAUAAAUAAUGAAUAAUCUUUUGGUGUUUUUUAAGUAUUUUUUAAUUUGUGUCUGUGCAUUUCCUGCACAGCACACACAUUUUAGCUCAUUUAUUUUAAAAACUCAACAAAAAAAAAGCUCAUCAAACAAACAAAAAUCUCUAACUUGAACUGAGGUUGACACAAGAUAACACACUAUAUAGCUUUUUGCAUUAUUUUAUUUUAUUUUUUUUUGCUCUUUUAGCUUAUGAAAUAUGACCGUGAUGGGAAUACUAAGUUCUUUAUGCUUUUAUGAUUAGCUGAGUGUGUAUAUCGGAGAAGUACAUUGAUAUCAGCCCAAAGUGGCGAGGGAUUGUAAAAAGUGUUAACAUCUUCAGGAACUAAAUGAUGUUCCUUCUCUUAAACUUAUAUUGUGCUGUUCAUGUCAUGGAAGUGAUGAUCUUACAAGAUGCCACAUCUUUAGGUGCAGAGUAGAGGAAGAGAAAACAUCUUUGAACUUUUUAUUAAUUUUUACUUAAAUUGGAAAACGUUUGUGUACUUGAAGUUUCUAAGAAAUGUUAUCUUUUUGAGAGGAAUUAUCCUUCCUUUUAAAUUUUUAAUCCUAUUGGAGUUGAGUUUAAGAUAAUUUAUUGUUUUACUCUCUUUUAAAAACUUAAUUGAUUAGAAUCUUUUUUUUAUUGAUAUUACAUAGAGAGUGUAAAUGACUGCAAACCUGGCGGCCCAGAGAAUACUUUUAUUUGCUUUUUUAUUUUGCAGGUUGGAUCUUUGCUGAUAACAUUAAAUCAGUGUUUUUUUUUUUUUUUCCUCA